UUGCUUAUAUUCUGUUGGCUCCUAUCCAAACAUAGAUCUGCUACAAUUUAGAUGUUUCACAGGUUAAAGCUUCACAGACCCAAAAGAAGAAUUACUGUGAGAUGGUUGACACAAUUUAAAGAUGUGUCCACAAAAUGAUCAAGAUGAAUGAAUCCAUGAAAAUACGUACUAACAGUGAACAGCCAUCUGCUCUGACUGGAUGCUGGAAGAAAUCAAGGAGAGAUCACAGGUUACACAGGAUUUGAACUGACACUUGACCUGAUGUGACAACAUGACUUUGGUUCAAGAUGCAUUAUGGGAAAAAGGAUCCAGUGCUUUUGGUAGCCUACAUGAUCAAUACUCUGAGGGAAAAAAAAUCUAAGAUAUCAUAUCCUCUGCUCCUUAAAUGUAGACAUUUUCAUCUGUAAAUCUGUCUCUUGUGGGAACCCAUCUUCAUGACAGGGUAAUACUAAAUUAUUUUCGUACCCCUUUAAUGUCAUGCUGAAUUUUCUUCUUCGUGAUUAAGUCUACACCCAAAGGUUUUACUUUGGCUUUCUGUGUCUGCAACUUGGAUUGGAUUCUUUGAGGCUUUAUCUUUCUAAUCCCUGUCACAUAAAAACUUGAGAAGGAUUUCCUUACAGACAGAAUAUUUCCUCCUAUCACACGCUACACUCCAAGUCCCAGAACUCUCUCUCUCUCUCUCUCUCCCCCCCUCUCUCUCUCUCUCUGAUUCUACUCUGGAUGUGGUCUAAAGAUGUGAAACUACAUUUAACUCUCAGGUGGUCAGCACGGAGCGUCAGUCUGCUCUCCUCUCCUCUCUCGUCCACUGGAGGGAAGCUUCCGACUCAACCACCGAGCAGAAUAACCCACCGACCAGUCUCCCAAACACAGAUUCUUGAGAGGAAAACAAUCUCCUGACUUGACCCGAAAAACUGCGGAUUGAAAAGGACAUGCGUCAAGCCAGAGCUACGAGGGGAACUCCUCAUAAAUGAGCAGAACUGUCAGAAGGAUUCGUCCCUCUUCUCGCUAUCCUGCUUUCCUCUGGUUGGCGUGCAGGACUGAAGCUUGCUUCACUGGACUUAUCGACAGACGAAUUAGCAGCCUGAUUAAACACGUUGACAGCCCCCUUUCUUUGCGUUCCUUUUUUACUGAGCAAAAAAACCUGCAAAACAUCAAUUUAUUGCAGCACUGAAGGACCUUUAUUUUGACAUCUUUGUAAUGCACGCGUUUGAGUCGCCCUGCUCUUGCACGCCUACUUCUGAGAAAUGCAUCGCUUCUGCACACGAAUCGUGCUCUUCUGACUUUUUGAAAGCGCGGCGGAUGCUGACAAUGUUUCUCACUCAGUCUGCAUAAGAGAUGGCGACCCAAAUCGCACCAAGUUCACGAGCGCCUUUCUCCACGUUUGCACCUGUUUGGAUGGAUAUUGCCAGUUUAUGCCACAGGUGAAUGAACAUCAGUGAUUAUUCGCUCAACAGAGAGUGCUUUUUGAGCUGUUUUCUGACUCAGAUCGAUCUUGUUGCUCGUUCACAAUGGAUCUCAAAGUAGAACCUGAAGAAAUGGACACGAAUCAGCCUCCACCCAUAGAAGUUUUCUCGCACAGCUCGACACUUCACGGGAUUUCUCACAUAUUCACGUACGAGCGCUUCUGCAUCAAACGCUGCCUGUGGGUCGUGUUUUUCCUGGGCUCCCUGACCUUUUUGCUGUUCGUGUGCGUGGACCGCAUCCACUUUUACCUCGAGUAUCCACACGUCACCAAACUGGAUGAGAUCUCGACCCCGAUCAUGACGUUUCCCUCGGUCACUUUCUGCAAUCUAAACGCCUUUCGCUUCAGCCGCGUGACGCGCAACGACCUGUACCAUGCAGGGGAGCUGCUGGCCCUGCUCAACCAGAGGUAUGAGAUCAGGGACCUGCAUCUUGUGGAGGAGAGCGUUCUGGAGAGCCUAAAGGUCAAAGCCGACUUUCACAAUUUCAAGCCGCGACCCUUUAACAUGAGGGAAUUCUACGAUCGAACCGGUCACGACAUCAACGACAUGCUGCUGUCCUGCCACUUUCACGGCACAGAGUGCAGAGCCGAGGACUUCAAAGUGGUCUUCACUCGUUACGGGAAGUGUUACACGUUUAACGCCGGCGAGGAUGGACGCCCUCCGCUCAUCACUACCAAGGGAGGUAUGGGUAACGGCCUGGAGCUCAUGCUGGACAUUCAGCAGGAUGAAUACCUGCCUGUCUGGGGAGAAACAGAUGAGACAUCAUUUGAAGCUGGAAUCAAGGUUCAGAUCCACAGUCAGGACGAGCCCUCCUUCAUUGACCAGUUCGGGUUCGGAGUGGCGCCCGGGUUUCAGACUUUUGUGUCCUGCCAGGAACAGAGGCUGAUUUAUCUCCCCCCACCCUGGGGAGACUGUAAGGUGACGGCCAUGGACUCGGACUUCUUUGAUAGCUACAGCAUCACAGCCUGUCGCAUCGACUGUGAGACACGCUACCUGGUGGACAACUGCAACUGUCGCAUGGUGCACAUGCCUGGAGAUGCACCGUACUGCACCCCCGAGCUGUACAAAGAAUGUGCUGACCCAGCUCUGGAUUUCCUGGUGGAGAGAGACAAUGACUUCUGUGUGUGUGAGACGCCGUGCAACAUGACCAGAUACAGUAAAGAGCUGUCCUUCGUCAAGAUCCCCAGCAAGGCCUCGGCCAAAUAUCUCGCAAAGAAAUACAACAAAUCUGAGCAGUACAUAAAGGAGAAUCUCCUGGUCUUAGACAUCUUUUUUGAAGCUCUAAACUAUGAGACUAUAGAACAGAAGAAGGCUUAUGAGGUGGCUGGACUUUUAGGUGAUAUCGGUGGACAGAUGGGACUUUUUAUUGGGGCAAGCAUACUCACCAUACUGGAGCUGUUUGACUAUCUUUAUGAGGUGAUAAAGUACAAGUUGUGUCGCUGUUCUGAUAGACAGCAACAGCAUGACAGCAACAACGACCAGGGCACGGUGCUGAGCUUGGACGACGUCAAGUGUCACGUCAGUAACUUUCACUGAGCUUCUGCAGCCAGAAGGAGGGUGCUCGUCCCUCUCUUGUCUCUGAGCAGUUUCAUGGACUUUGCUCGCUGCAGAACUUUCAGUCUUGCAGGAGCAACAGAUCAUAAUGCCCGAACUUUGCCUUUUGGGUGAGUUAUUGAACAUUGAGGGGAAUUUAACAUGUGGCUGAGGUCAGGAGAAGCCACGCAGAGAGCUGGACAGCAGAGACCAGUGAUCUACAUGACGUGAGGAAUUAAAAAAUAUUAGAAUAACUGCAUGGCUAUCUGUACAACAGCUUCAAGACACAGUAACAGAGACAGUAAAUGAGGGGCAUUUGGGGAGGUUCACAUGUGUUGAGUUAAUCAACGUUUGAUAUCCUGCUGUGUGGUUUUGUUUAUGAUCUAUUAGUUUAAAGAAAACUUUAAUUAAUUACAUUUAUUUGACAAAUUUGCUUUAACUUAAAACAAUAUUUAUAUUUGAGGUGUUUUUCAGAUUUCUGCAUGCGAGUAAUACACUUUUUAUUUUCUUCUUCAUUUUGUCCACUGAGAUCUACCUUUAUAAAUCUUUAUGACUUU